AUGGAGCAUGGCUACUACUUGGUGUUUGGAGAUCACAAGGUGGAAAUCUAUGAUGACAGUUCAUAUUCCAACAUGGUUGCAAGAGUGCAAAUGAGAGGAAAUCGAAGUUUUCCAAUGAAGUUUCAGUUUGGAAUACACAUUGCCUACAAGGCGAGUGUAUGCCACUUUACUACUAUGUGGCACAGAAGAUUGGGACACUUGAACAUGAGCAGUUUGAAGUUGAUGCAUGAACAAGAAAUGGUGGUAGGAUUACCAGAAAUCAAAGCAGUUAAAGGAGUGUGUGAAGGUUGUGUUCUAGAUGACUGCACAAGGAUGUGUUGGGUCUAUUUUUUAAGACACAAGUCUAAAGUUCUUAGUGUGUUUAAAAGAUUCAAAGCUACUGUGGAGUUGCAAAGUGGUUGUAAGCUGAAGAAGCUUAGAAGCAUGGAAAGACAACUCACCACUCCAUACACACCUCAGCAAAAUGGUAUGGUAGAGAGAAAGAACAGAACUAUUGUGGAAAUGGUUGAGUGUCUUAUGUUAGAGAAGAAAAUUCUACUUGAAUUUUGGGCUGAGGCAAUCAAUACCUCUAUGUAUAUUCUGAAUAGAUGUCCAACCAAAGCCAUGAUUAAGAAAACACCUUUUCAAGCAUACAGUAGGAGGAAACCAGGAAUUAAGCAUCUAAAGAAUGCACAGAAGGAAAGAAGUGUGAGUAUUCAGAUUACUGAAGUAUCAGAAGGAGAACAAGGGCAUGAAGGGAGUUCUUGUGAUUCUGAAGCACAAUAUGAAGUAAGUGAAAUGCCUAACUCAAGCACUGAAAUAUGUAAUCAAGAAAGGAUGACAGAUCCACAUGAUAUUGAUCACACUCAUCUCAAGUACAAAAGUAUUGCAGAAGUGUAUGAGAAGUGCAAUCUGUGCAUUAUAGAACCAGAAAAUUUUGAAGAAGCUGCUAAAGAUGAAUCAUGGAGGAAGGCUAUGGAAUAUGAAAUUACCAUGAUUGAGAAGAAUAACACUUGGGAGUUGGUUGAUAGACCAUUUGAUAAACCAAUCAUUGGAGUCAAAUGGGUCUAUAAGACUAAAUUGAAUAUGGAGGGAUCUGUGCAGAAAAACAAAGCACAGUUGGUUGCAAAGGACUAUUCUCAGAAACCUGGAAUAGAUUUUAAUGAGACCUUUGCUCCAGUGGCAAGACUUGAUACUUCAACAUUUCUAAAUGGAGUGUUGAAUGAAGAGGUGUAUGUAGAGCAACCAUCUGGUUUUGUGAUACAAGGCAAGGAAGAUAAAGUGUACAGGCUUAAGAAAGCUUUAUACGGUCUGAAGCAAGCUCCAAGAGCUUGGUAUGAAGAAAUAAACUCUUACUUUACAAAGGCUGGUUUUCAUAGAAGUCCAAGUGAAGCUACACUCUCGAAGGAAAUGAUGACUGAGUUGAAGAAUAAGAUGAUGAGACAAUAUGAGAUGACUGAUCUAAGGUUGCUUCACCAUUUUCUUGGCCUUGGAGUAUUGCAGACAGAUACUUGUAUUUUCUUGCAUCAGAAGAAGUAUGCAAAGACUUUACUUGAACAAUUUGGGCUCAAGGAUUGUAAAUAUGUUGCAACAUCAUUAGCUGUAAAUGAGAAGCUUUCAAGAGUAGAUGGAAGUGAUCUGGCAUAUGAGACUUCGUAUAGGAAAAUGGUGGGGAGUUUGCUAUAUUUAACUGCAACUAGGCCAGAUAUCAUGUUUGCAGCAAGCUUAUUUGCUAGGUUCAUGCAUAAUCUUACCAAGAAGCAUAUGGGGACAACUAAAAGAGUUCUGAGAUACAUAGAAGGCACUGUGAAUUAUGGUAUUGCCUAUGAGAAAGGAAAAGGGGUGUUUUCUUGGGCCACAAUCAAGCAAAGCAGUGUUGCUCUCUCAACUGCAGAGGCAGAAUACAUUAGUGCAGCAGAAGCCACUACACAAGCCAUUUGGCUGAGAUUUGUGCUUUCUGAUUUUGGAGAAGAGCAAGCAGAACCAACUCAGCUGCUGUGUGAUAACACUUCAACCAUUGCCAUAUCAAAGAAUCUAGUUCAUCAUCACAAAACCAGACAUAUCAAUCGAAGAUUUCAUUUCAUCCGAGAUGCACUUCAAGAUGGUGAGAUUGAUAUGCUAUACUACAAAACUGAAGAACAGAUAGUAGGCAUCUUUACCAAAGCUUUAGCAAGGGAUCAAUUUGAAUUCCUGAGGAAAGCUCUAGGAGUAGUUUCAGCGCAACACUUAGAAGGGAGUGUUAGUUAUAAGUGUAUAUGCUGA